AACGGUCAAACAUUUAACAGUAGACGGUUUGAACAGCAUGCUUUCGAAAUGUAGUGGAUGACGAGUUGGCAUGAUACCUAUUAUUCGGGAAUUAACAAUCAAUCUAGUUUAUUUUUACUCAAUUAUUAAACGAUAGUGUUAAUUUUGUUUUAAUGAAAUGAGUAAAGCAACGGAUGAUGAUGAGCGUAGAAGACGCUCCUUGGAGGCGGGUAGAGAAAUGCUAGAAAAGUACAAAGCGGAAAGAGCUGAUAAGGCUCAAGGUGCGGGUCACAGUCAAAUGGGCGAAGCAUCUGAUGAAGAAUCUUUUCACAAUGACAAAUCUAUCGGACAUAGGGAGUCUUACGCACAUGAAGGUAUAUCAUCUAGAGACAUGACACAAAGUAGUGUUAGCAUGAGUGAAGGAGAAGCAGAUGGGGAUUUAGAAGGACUUGCAGGAAGGGUAGCCCAGUUGGAAGAGCUAUUACAUGGAAAGGAGGCCAUAGUCGAGGCACUGAAUGCAGAAAUAGAUCAUUUAAGAGCAGAAACCUCAUCCCCAAAUUCUUCUCAAAGUCAAAAUAGCAGUAUACAUAACAGAGAUGUUAUAUCUUUGUACCAUAUAAAAUUGCAAGAGUUUGAAAAAGCAGUGAAUCAACGUGAUAACCUGAUAGAAGAUUUGACAUGGUCUUUACAGCAUGCACUGGCUGUAAGAGAUGAUCUUGUAGCCCAAUUGAAUUCUUUAAAUGCCAUGAACAUAUCUUGUAAAGACAAUGCUACUGCUGCGAAUAAUAAAAGUUUGCAAGAAAAGAUUGAUACUUUAGAGCAAACUUUGAGUGACCAAAAGUCAACAAUACAGAAAUUAAAUGGUCAGUUGGUGCAAAUUCAAGAGCAUGUGCAGACGUUAGAAAUGGAGAAAGAAACGCAAAACGCUGAAAUUAACGAUUACAAGUUACAAAUAGAUAACCUUAACGAACAGAUUCGUGUCGGUGCUGCUGAUAAAAAUUUAAAUAUUGCUGAAACUUUAGAGCAACAGAAACAAUACGAGGCACGUGUUGAUAAGAUCAAACAAGACAUGCAACAUAUAUUGAAGAAGUUCACGGCCGAAACAAAUAUAAAUACCACGCGUCAUCAACAGGAGGUGAAAGAUUUAGUUGCAAAGCAUGAAACUGAAGUAGUGAACAUUCAAGAGAAGUACGAAGAACGUUUGAAACAAUUAAAGGAAGAAAAUAAAUUAUUGGCUGAUCGUUUGAAUAAAGAAUUGCCAGAUCUAGAGACCAGGCAUGCUAAAGAACUCUCAAUAUUUCAAACCCAAUUGGCUCAUUACAAAAAGACAGUCGAGGCCCUAAAACUUGAACUAGUGAAUCGUUCUGAGUCUCAAAAAACUGCGCACGCUGAACUAAAUGAAUAUAAAUCAAAACUGAACGAGCUGAAGGUACAUUCUGAGAAGGCUAUGCAUCUGCAAAACCUGGAUCAUCAAAAAGAAAAAGAGAUGCUAGGUGAACAGAUUAAAUUGCACAAGUUACAGCUGGAAGAGAUGACCUCAAAGUACAUUGCUACGACCGCGAUCUUGGAGUCGAAAGAGAGUAUCGAACGUUCGUUGGAGCAAGCGCUGACGAAUGCCGCUACGCUGAAAGAAGAAAAUGAAAGUUUGAAGUUCAAGCUAGACGAUUUGUCGUCAAGAUAUUCAGCGGCACAGUCGUUAAUUGAAAACAGCCAAGCACACGAACGUACUCUGAGCAACAGAAUCUAUGACUUGGAGAAAUCUCUGUCCAGACUGAGCGGCAUCAACAUGAGUACACUGAGUGAAUUAAACCAGACCACAUACCAAACUUUUGAUGAAGUAGCGCUUCAAUAUCAGUUAACAAAGCAGAAAUUUGAAGAGAAAGCUGAAUUGGAAAAACUGUUAGUUCAGAGAAUUGAGAAUUUGGAAAAGGAUGUUUGCAAAACCAGGGAAGAGUUAGACCAGGCGAAUCUUGUUAAGAAAUCGUAUGAGAAACAACUGAAAGAUAUGAAGAAUACCUGUGAUAAGUAUAAAUCAGAACUUAAUUCUUUGAAAAAUGAAUCAAAUGAUCAGAGUAGCUCACAAGUUGACGAAGAGAACAAGUUAUCUAGUCAGAAACAUAACGUUGCCGAUCUUUUGCGUAAAACUGAAGAGGAUCAACAAGAGAUUAAAAAGCUGAAAGCGGUUCUUGAACAAAAAGAAACAGAACUCACGGAAUCGAUGAAGAAAAUGUGUGAUCUAUCAGAAAAGUUGAAGAGAUCUGAGGAAGAGACUGAGCAAUUGAAAAAUGGUUUGGCCACGGCAUGGGCUCAAUGCGCAGAAGUUGAAGAAAAAUUGAAUCAAACGUUAGCGUUGAAUGAUAGCAAGCUCGAUAUUUCUGUGCCAUCGUCCAGUUACAGUAGUGCCUUGAUGAAGCAAUUCAAGCUAGGUAGAGGUCCAAAUGAUUCUGCAAAUACGUCCCAUGAUCAGAGCACGGAUACAAACAAAAUCUCAUAUGAGAAGGAUGCACAAACAGAUAACGCAAGGACAAUAUCGUUACAGGCAAAACUAACAGCUGCUUCAGAAGAAAAUGAAAGGUUGUUGAAGGAGCUGGAAUACUUGAUGGAAAAACAAGUCAAUUACGAAGAGAUUAAAAAUAAAUUGAAACACUUUUCUACGCUCUCAGAAAAUCUUUCGAUCGAAAGGGAACGUCUUACUGAAGAAAAUAAAGCCCUGAAGAAAAAACUGGAGAAUGUACAAUCGUUGCAAGAAUCUGUUAAUCAGUUGAGAGCAGAGAAAGAACUGUUGCGUAAAGAGAUGGACGCGUUGGUCUGCGUUCACGACGAGCAAAUAAACGCGAUAAAAGCAGAGACAGCAUCAGAAAUUAGAAAAGUGCAGUCUUUGAUGCUGGGCUUGAAGGAAGGCACUGCUGAAUUGAAUGACUUGAAAACCGAGUUGGAAAUGCGUCACGCCAAAGAAAUGGAAGAACUGCGAACAUACUUUGAACAAAAAUGUUUGCUAAUGGAAAAACAGUAUUCUGAAGAGAUAUUCAGUCAACAAUCGAAGAAAAUGUCUGAUAAUGAUAGUGAAAUUGCUGACUUAACUGAUGGCUUAUAUUAUGGAGGUGCUGGUGACUGUCUGAACAUUUCCAACAUCUCUGGAAAGAGCUCCAGACUUGGUUCUCCAAUAGCAGAUGAUAAUUCAAGACAAAAUAGCAACACUUUUAAUAAUCAUAGCAAAAAUGAACUUGAGUACAAGAUUAACAUGAAAGCUUUGCAACAAGAACUGCAAAAUAAAAUAAUUGAAGUGCAAGAAAUGAAACUGCAUUAUGAGAAAGCAUUGGAAGAUCAGAAGACCAUGUACGAAAGGGAACUGUAUGAUAUUAAAGAAAAAGAGAGACAUGACUUUCUACGAAACGUAGUCAAUCAGCAUUGUCAAACAGAAUGGGAUGCGGGUGCGUUGGAAAACGGUGAAUUAACGCAACUGCGAGCAGCCUACGACCAUCAGUUGGAAGAACAGAUUGCUCUAGCUAAAAUGGAUAUUAUCACUGCUCUUCAAGAACAAAUUCAGGCUCUCCUAGUAGUUGAUUCGGAUUCUGAAGAUAACUGGUCACCAGAAUUGCUGAAAUUAAGAGAUAAACUCACCAACAAUGCAAAACGUGAAGUGCAGCAGCUCAAAGAUGCCCAUGCUGCAGAGGUGCAACGAUUAAAAGAAGAACAUUCUCGCAAUUUGGCUAGAAUGAUCGAUCGUCAUCAAGAGGAGCUUCACAAAGUUAAGUCAGAAGGUGCCUGGAACGAUGGUGGAAGACGAGAUCCAGACAGAAAUUCACUUAUAGAUAACAAGAUUCUCGCGGAAAGAAAUAGCUUGACUAAAACAUGUGCCACUCUCAAGUCAUUAAUUGAGGAGUUGAUCAAAUAUUUUGUCAUUUGUGAAGAGGAAGUUAACAAUACGCUUAUUACAGAAGUGCUCAAAAGACAAUUAUCUGAUAGUUUAAAUAAUGAUAAAUCCUUGAAGUUAGAUGAAAUUGAGGGAUCAAAGAGAAGUUCAGAAUCCGAUACUUUAAACUCUUCUGAAAUGAAGAUCCAUAGAGUUCAUUUUGCUCCACAAACUACUGAAAUAGUUUCUAUAAUAAACAGUAAUACCGAUAUCUUGCCAACUAUACUGGAAGAAGAUGAAGAUAUAACAGAAAAGUUGAAACAGGGAUUAAGCAAUUGUGUGCGUCGCUUAAAGUCUGAGAGCGCUGAAAUUCUUGGCACUUCUUUAUCCACCGGUGAAGGUCGACGUAAUUCGCUUUCAAAAGAAGUUGUAUGGAUGAAUAAAGCGAACGAAGAGCUAAACAUGAAGCUGCGUCAUGCGGAAGCUUUGAUCAUGGGUUAUCAAGAAGAAGCAGAGCAAUUGAAAGUAACUAUUCUGGAGCUUCAGAGGAAAUUGAUCAAUGCGGAGAAUAAAAAAGAAAUCAUUACGGAAGGCUAUGGGGAGAAUGAUGAGAUUGGUAGCGAUAUUAUAUUGGAGGAUUUUUCACAGUUACAAGAGAAAGCGAGACAUGCCUUGUCGAACGGUGGCGAAGACUGUUCAGAAUUGUUGCAAUUGAUAGAGGGGUUAUGUAGAUACAAUGAUAAAUUAAUGGAAGACGCGAGAAAAGAAAGGGAAGAUCUACAACGACAGCAGGUGCCUUUAGAACCUACUCCUCCCCCAUACAUUCACAGGGUACGCUGCCGAAAGAUUGAUGCAGCGGAUAAACAGUUAAAAGCAACCCGCAAAUUUUUGGAUGAACAAGCAAGCGAAAGUGAAGCUGAACGAGACGAAGCGGCAAAGCAAAUCCACCUGUUGCAGGAACAACUUAAGGAAAAGGAACGAGAGAAAGAGAGAGACUUGCGUAUUUCAUCCGAGCAGUCUACGUUAUCACCUGAAGCAACAUCAGAGGUCCCUGCGAUUCAAGCUUCUGAGAUCAAAGCAGCUGUGGAGGUUCUUGAGUCCCAAAUGAGGGAGAUGUCCUCUAUGAUGUCUGAUACAGAGGCAAAGAAAACUGAAACUGAGAGCGAACUGAAAGCAGCUAUUGACAAAAUUUGGGUGCUAAGAGACAUCAUUACUGAUUUGGAGCAGCAGCUACAAAUAAAGACUGAAAAAGAAGAAUCUUUACAGAUGCAAAUCAAUCAGUUAGAGACGGUGAUUGCCGCUCAGACUAAAAACCAACAUGAAUUGGUGCAAGAACUGGAUGCUGUUAAAAUGGGCAGUGAAAGUAAACGACUCAAUGAACACAUCAGUCAGUUAGAGGAAGAGUUAAGAAAGCAUAAGCUAAGUUCAGAACAAUUUAAAGUGAACUCUGCCGCAUUGAAACAGAUGAAAACAGAACUCCGUGAUAUGCAAAAUCAAUUGGAAAAGAGAAUUAAGGACUUAGAAUCUGUCCACAUGUGCAGCUCUAAUUUAAGUUUGAGUCAACCAAGCGAGGAUGUAUCUAUCAGAGAGCAAAUAGACGCUUCGAGGUGUCCUACUCCUGAUGAUCCUAAUUCUCCACCAAUGUUGCCUCUUGAUCAGCUACUCAAACUUAAAGAUAAAAUGUUGAAGCAUGCCAGAGUCGAGGAAGUUGCAUUCAAACGAAUCAAAGAUCUAGAAAUGCAAGUUGCAGCUCUUAAGAAUCAAAAUGAGGAAUUACAAGCAGAGCAAGAAAUUUUACAGCAAACUGCUUCUGAACAGUUAUUCCAGAUAGAAGCAAUGCGUGGUCGCUUAGAGCAGCACAAACAGAGUGCUCCGUUUGCUCAGAGACAAGCUACGUCUCGUUUAGAGUUACAGCUACAUGAGGCUAAUGCAAAAUUCCAAUCUCUAGAAAGAACCAUUGCUGAAAAAGAUUUGGAGUUGGAGGAUGUAAGAAGUCAACUCGAUAGAGUUAAUCAGCUGCUGCAAGAGAAAGAAGCAGAAAUUGCAAAUGUGGUGCAAGUAGAAAGUACAACGAUUCAGAAAUUAAGGCAGCAUUUAGAGAUUCUUGAAGAUGAAAAGAAAAUUCUACAGACAAAGGUUGGUGUUCAAGAGCAUGCUCAAUUAGAGCUUCCGCGAUUAAUAGACAGCAUGUUGGCUGAUAAAAACGAAGAAAUAGAUCACUUGAAGGAACAGUUAUCCAAGAAGGAAAAGCAACUCGAAAUGUAUUCUUCACUGAAUUUAGACGAGACACAGUUGCGAGAACUAGCACGUCAAACAGAAGCAAAGAACAGUGCCCGCACUUUAAGCGAUAUUUUGUCCAUUCAUUCAGAAUGCGAGGAAACGAUAGAGGCUAUUCGUGGCUCGAACGCGAUUCAAACGCUGCCUAAUAUUUCUACUUUCAAAGUUCCCACUCCUGCUGUUGCAUCCAAAAUCGUGGAUGACUCCGUGCCUUUAAUGAACUCCACAAAAAUGGACGUGCACGUACCUCCUUUGGAUCUAGGUUCUCACAGUUCAUCCGCGGCAUCCAAUCAACAAUCUGGAAUGAUCGAUUUACUACACAGUGGCCUAGGCUCCAGAAUUUCAUCUUCGGAUAAUAAUUUCUCAACGGAAAAAACUGAAGAGAUUACACGGACACAGGAAUCGCGCAAAGAAUGUACUGGUACUAAAAGUAGAUUACAGGAUACAUCAAUGAAGUAUACACAGACAUCGAUUAACGAGACAUUGAAAGAGGUGCAGGAUUUAGAGAAUCAGGUGCAGACAAUAAGAGAGGAAUUACAAAUGAAGUCAGCGAUACUGGACAAACGUGAGUUAGACUUGGUAACUCUGCAGAAGCUGUACGAUGAGCUGCAAGUAGAGUUCAGGGAAGUGGUCGAGACGCUUACAAGAGACAAAUGCUUCUAUCAGAAUCAGUACGAGUUAUUACAAGUAUCGGAGGAAAAAAUAAAGAAGGAUCUGCAGGAGGUGGAGAAUGUUUUAAAAUUGAGGACUGAAGAACUACAAGAGCACAAGAAUAAAAUGCAGGUGAAUGAGAAAAUCAUUAUGGAAUUAAACCAAGAGAAUACCAAGCUCAAAAAAGAUAUAGAGGAGAAAGAUCAAGAACAGACGAAAAAGUAUACUAUGCUAUGGCAGGAAAAGAUGGAAGAGUUGCAGAAUUUCAGGGCUGCCAUCCUGGAAAAAGAUAUCACGAUUGAAACUAUUCAGACGCGUAACAUCGAGAUCGAGAAUGAGAAUAAACAGCUGUACGAGUUUAAGACCAAGUAUCAGCUAACGAAGCAGGAAUUGUUGGAAUGCCAAAACGAGAUUCAGAGAUUAACCGAGGGCUUAAAUAAUAGGGACCAGGUCAUUAGAAGACUGGAAGAAAUGGCUAGACGUACCAGUUAUUCGGGAACUUCCUCACCAUCCAAUGAGAAAGACCAGGAAAUACAUCAUUUACAGGAAUAUCUGAAGGAAAAGGAUAAAGUCAUACGUCAAAUGAGCGACGACAGUAAGAGCUUACACAAAGCUCUAGAAACUAUACAAAACAAGAUGAAGGAAUCUGGAAACGUAAUUGAACUGAGAAAGAAACUGAAAGACGAGCGAAAAUUGAACGCGGAAUUAAGGAACAUGGCGGAGAAGUUAAGCAAGGAAUUGUUUGACUUAAAAUCAGCUGCACAAAGAUCACAGGACGACACUGACAUAGAAGACAUGGUUCAAAGAGAGUUGAAUUUAUCAGCCCAUUUGGACAGGCAAAUUAUGAAUGCCAUUGAAAGUGACUCAGACGACAAGGUAGUUAGAUUAGAACGACAAGAUCAGUACCAGGAUUAUCAGGAUGGAAGAUUAAUGGACUUAAAAAUGAAAUUAAGUCAGGCCCAUAAAAUCAAUGAAGAGCUAAAGAAAUUGAAGGAUGAUUUAGAAAUUGAGAGAGGAAUGUUGAAGUGUCAAAUAGCAGAAUACGAAGGUAGGAUUUUCCAACUGAAAUCAGAUCUGGUAGAAGAAUCGAAGAAACUGGAGAAAGUUGAAGAAGAACUCUCCUCCGAGAAAAAUCUCGUUCGUACAUUGAAGAUUCAAAUUGAGAAGGAGCAUAGGGCAAUGCAGUCUGGACAUAUUCAGGAUUCGGAACUGAUCGAAUUUCUUCAGAAUAAGUUGAAGACGUCACUGGACAACGAGGCGAAGCUUCGCAAUGACCUUUCAUCGUUGCGUCAAGAGCAUAAGAGCUUAGAGAUACAACUGAGUUUGAUGAAGGAUCAUAUGGAGUCUCAAAAGACAGAUGGCUUACCCAAACUUGGAGAUUUAUUGGAAACUGAAAGAAAGAAGUAUUUGACAUUGAUGGAAAAUUUCGAAAAGGAGAAACGAGAUACUGCUGAAUUGAAAGAUACCCUGAAGAAGCUUCAAAUGGAGAAGAGUAGAUUCGAAAAGCAACUGGAAGUAGAGGUGGAAGAGAAAGAGAAGUUGAUAAGUAGUCUGGCACUGAUAGAAGGAAUUAAGGAUCAUCUUCAAACUGAUGUAAGAAGAACCAAAGAAGAACUGAGAGCACGAGAGGAGGAAUGUGACUGGCUACAGAAGAAUAUCAAGACUAUGUUAGAUGCAGACAGCAGGAGACAGGAACAGAGAACCAGCGAACAUAACGAGCUUAAAGCAUUGAGAAGAGAAAUUAACAACACCAGAAAAGUCAUGAUGGAUUUAGAGGCUGAUAUGAAACAGUCAAAAAGAGAACUGACAGAAUCCCUUCAACGUGAAAUGAAAUUGGCUGAAGCCUUGGAGAAUCUCAAGGGAAGAGAAACUGAUCUUCUCAAAAAAUUAUCUGCUGCUAAAGAAGAAGAAAAGAAAUUAAAGGAAACGAUUCUUGAAUUACAACUGGAUCUGAGAACUUCUACUAGAGCAGAAUUGGAAGCUGCCAGUGAAUUGAAGAGUAGAUUUAUGAAUGACAAGAAUGUUCCUGCAAAAUACAUACAAGAGAUUCAGGAACUAAGGGAAAUCAAUGCAAAAUACAUAAACGAGAAUGGAGUAUACCAGGAGAAGCUCACGAAAGCACGGGAGGAGAAGGAACAACUAAAUAAAAGGUUAGAGUAUUUCUUUGGAAAGUACAUACGAGCCGAAAGCAAACGCAACGCUUUAAGGUAUCAGAAGCGUUACUUGUUGAUCAUAAUUGGAGGAUAUCAACUGUCAGAAGAGAACACGCUAAGUGUUCUUGCUCAAUUGACUCGCGAACAACGAUCUUACGCUGUCAAGAAUUACAACAAAAAGACACCUAAAGUACGGUUUAAGAGUGCAGUGCUGGUCUUCAUUAGCAUACACCGGAUGAAGCGACUGAUUUUAAGAUGGAGCAUUGGAAAACGGAUAGGAGUGAAGACGUUGCUCCAUAAUCCUGAUCAGGCAUUUGUAUCGGUGCCAAAAGUUGCUACGAAUCAUUCACCUCCUGUUAGAGAAAGGCGUACUACAAAUGGAGACAGUGGUUUUGAUGGAUUCGCGCUUGAACAGUAUUAUCAACGAUUAAAGAACAUUCAACAGACAUUAGGUUUAGCGAUGGCAGAAUCUGGAAGUCGUCCGAUUAUUCCGGAAUAGUAUUACAAACGUCUAAGUCUCAUAAAUUGUUAAGGCAAGAAUCGUACUCUGUUACUGUGAUGGCGAUGUCACAUUGUUUUUAUAUGCAACCAUCAGCUCAUGGUUUGCAUUGGGAUUGCUGUUUCCAUUUGUGUUUAGUCAAAUGGAAACGAUUGAAAACUGGGCAUUUCGAUGAGAUACGUUGUUGAAACUUGAAUCCACUUUACCCCGUAUUUUUUUUACCAAUUGUAAAUAGAACUAUAGCAUAGAAAUUACCAGUUGUUGAAGAUUCGUUGAGUCCUUGUAUCGUUUACCAUACAGCGUGCUAUUAACUGUACUAUUAUCGUAAGUAAUUUUACCAGAUAGCUUUAAGUAUUCUUGCUGAUAUAUCGUGUUUUACCAAAGUUAUGAUAGAUUACGUAUAAGCAUGUUAUUCACGUUAAGGAAACAAAUCUUGUGCCUUGUACAUUGUAAUAAGUGUUUAGUAUUUAUUUAUUGACGACCUGUACGUUUUUAUAUUGUGAAUAAAAUAUCUGAAUGACUUUCUACGAAGACCAAUAAGUUGAAAGGACUUGACGGCAAUAAUUUUUUACACAUAGAGAUAUAUUAUCGAUAUAUUUAUAUAUAUAUAUUUUAACAAAAUGUAUCUAUAGUGUUGCCUCUUUAUAGUUCAAUAAAUACAUUCGCAUUUUGUACGGUUUGUAAUACUAUUUGAAACGUGCAAAUUGUUUUUAAUGGAUACACGUUUAACAGCACUUAAGUAUGAUCGUUACGAGGAUUCUCUGGUCCAUUGUGAUAGAAUGAGAACUAAAUUUACAUUGCAAAGAAGAUUUUGCUUAUUAACAGUGUCACAUAAACUAAUGAGAAGUAACACUAAUUAACAGUUGCGAAGAUAGCAAAUUACGUAGAGAUCUAUAGUAUCUUUCCAGACGUUUGUUUAACAAUAUCUAAUCACAAUGUGUCGUUACAUCGCGUCUGAAAAGAACAAACGCAACUUUUAUAGAAGCUAGAUGUUAUUUACAUAUGUACAAUAAGAUAUAUGAUAAAAUAUAUAGCAAUCAUUUUAGCUUUGUAUAUCUUUGAUAUAUCUAAAGCUACAUUUGAAUUUGUUCAAUGUAAUCUAAGAAUGUAAGGCUUUUUAUGUUGUUUGUUCGAAGACAUACCUUGAACAGUGCAAAUUUGAGGGUGCGUUUAGACUGAGCGAGCGAAUGUUUAUUUCCUCUUUGUAUUUCGGUUAAGUUUAAAUAUAAACCAACAGUUUUUCUA